UUGAGCAAUACAUGUUAUGAAGUGAUGAAAACUUUUCAUCACUUGAAAAGAGUGUUGAAAACUUUUCAUUUCAAAGAUAUUGUAAAAAGAUGACUUCACCGGGUCCAAAAGGACCCACUUAUGCAUCAGAGGGUUAAUCUUGUGCUUCAUAUAUCAGGUUUAUGGUUUGAUGCCUUUUGUUUGAGUUUACAGUCUGUAGAAAGACAAUCUCAAGUUUAUGCAUGGGAAAAAAGCUUGAACUUUUGGCUAUAUCCAGUUCUUUCCUAAAAUUGAUUUGCAUCAUAUUUUAUGUCAUCUAUUUUAGAGCAGGGCUACAUUUUUCUAAACCUCAGAGGAGUUCUUAUUUCCGAUUAUGGAAGCCAAAAAUAUAAAAAUACUUAGAACACACUGAUGCUUUCAGGGACAGUCGCUUCCAAAAGUAGUCACACCCUUCGAACAUUACCACAUGUUGCAACUGCGCACUUAAAUGUAUUUUCUUCUCCAUUAGCUUUGGUAGUCUAGAAAUAGAGUUUUUUGCUCGUUCUUCUGUACAAGACAACUUAAGAGCAGUCGUAUUAGAAUGAAGUCUUGCCACAGAUUUUUAAUUGGAUUUUGAUUUUGACUCGCUGGGUCAUUCAAACAAAGAUAUAUCUAAAUAAUUGUACCUUUUAUUGUAAGAUUAGCAUCAUUUUUCUGAUGAAAGGUGAACCUCCCCCACGGUUUCAAGUUUUAUGCAGCCUUUAAGAAGAUUUCUCUCAGUAUUGCCCUGUAUCUAAUUUCAUCCAUCUUCCCAUUAACUCUGACUACCUCCCGUGUUCCUGCUGAAGAAACUGUAGGGAUGUUGUCCUCAGUGUUUGCAACUCUUAUUUGCAAAGACAGUUUUGCAUAUAGGAAACAGCUGUAUUUGUGAGAAUAAAAUCUGGACUAUGUUUACUAACUGUGUGACGUCUGGAAGUGAUCUUGCAGGAUUUCAUUUAGGGCAUCGAAUUAGAAAAAAACAUGCAUUCCACAUUUCUCAAAUGUUUCAUUGUAAAAAAUAUUUUUCUUUUGCUUCCGUGAUGUACUACAUUGUAUUGGUGCAUCACCAAAAAAUCCACUAAAAUAUAAUGAAAGAUAUAAUUGCUACAGGAAAAAAUGUGAAUACGUUCAGAAAUACAAAAGCUUUUGCAAGGACUUGUGUUAAAAAGGUCAGCACUCACCUAUUGUUGUGUAAAAACAAUGUGUUUACAGAUUAUCUUCUGUUAUAUGUUGACCCCUGUCACUGGUUCAACUGACUUUUGUUUUUUCCAGACAUCUGCCAUUUCCUGUCCAGGUAGAUCUACACAAAGUUGGAAACCCUCCAAUUCUUUACCUGGUUUUCUACAAGCAAAACAACUGGAAAUAAUAAGAAUACAACUUCUUUUCAAGUUUUUUAUUUAUUUAUUAUUAUUACUACUUUUUUUUUUUGUGCAAAUGACCUUUAGGGUCUCCAUCACUUCGCAGUUGGACUUAAGAACCAUCUUUGCUGAUUUUAUAUCAGUGUAAUGGCUACAUGUCUAAUCACUAUUCAUGGCAUAUUUAUUCCAUUACAAUGAUGAUUCAUUUCUUUUAACUCAGUAUUUCUUAAUGCUACAUGUGUAAUUUUUAGAAAAAUAAACUAUUCCUACUCAAUAACUGAGCAAGAGUAGUGCUAUGGACAUGUGUAUUUUUAGUAUUAUCAUUUAAAAAUUCUUUUGGAUUCCUCUAAAAGAGUGGAGUUCUUGGGAUUUGAAGGAAGUUGUGAAACUAACCACAAACAGUUCAAAUGAAGUCAGACCAAAUUGAAAUGGGAGGAGAAGAUGAGGAACAUAAGGCCCUGGACCUUCCUGAUGACAGAAAGCCCAACAGAGUCAUGAAAGAUAAUAAAAGUGAGGAUGAAGAGGAGGAGGGAAAAGCAGUUCAGAUUCCCCGAUAUCGCUGGGUCAUGCAUGCUGCUGUGAUGUUUGGACGAGAGUUUUGCUACGCCAUGGAAACCGCUCUGGUGACACCAGUUCUUCUACAGAUAGGUCUUCCUGAGCAAUAUUACAGUUUAACCUGGUUUCUCAGUCCCAUCCUGGGUCUUCUGUUAACCCCGCUGAUUGGCUCAGCCAGUGACCGCUGCACUCUGCGAUGGGGCCGGAGGAGACCAUUCAUUCUGGCUCUUUGUACAGGAGUGCUAAUAGGUGUGGCACUAUUUUUAAAUGGAUCAUUGAUUGGCCUUUCUAUUGGUGACAUCCCAAACACCAAGCAGCAGCCAAUUGGUAUUGUUCUUACUGUUGUUGGUGUUGUGGUGCUGGACUUUUGCGCUGAUGCCUCUGAGGGACCAAUCAGGGCUUACCUUCUUGACGUUGCUGAUACUGAUGAGCAAGACAUGGCUCUGAAUAUACAUGGCCUGUCUGCUGGACUUGGCGGAGCAGUUGGCUACAUGUUGGGAGGCCUUGACUGGACCGGCACUGCUCUGGGUAGAGCAUUUAAGUCACAGGAACAGGUCUUGUUCCUGUUUGCUGGGGUUAUCUUUAUUAUUUCUGUAACAUUGCAUAUGCUCAGUAUCCCUGAGAGGACUUUUUCUUCAGCCAACCAACUGAAAGAUGGAGAAGAUGAUGAGUCUACCAGUCAGUUGUCUGUAAAACUGCCUGGCUGCACACGACCUUGUCUCAUUGCAAUUGCAGAGGAAGAUGCUUUUGGACCAGCCUCUUGCCAAGAGGAGAAAGAAAUGCAUCUUGAGGAAGCAGAAAUGGAUUUCCUAGCUGUGGACAGAGUUCGGAGUAAAAGUGAUUCAGUUCUUGCCAUGCCAGAUGCUACAAUCGAGUUAGACUCUGACCUUCACCUAGACAGGCAGAUUUUCUUGCCUGAAGUGCCUUUAAUACCAGAAGAUCUGGACAAUGCCUUUAAGCCAUCAGACACCGGUAUGAAGUUGUCAUCUCCUACUAAUGACCCCGCCUCUCACACUAAUGGGGGAGUGUUUGUAGAGCCUACAAAUACAGAUGUGCCUCAAAUAAAGGAUCCAACAAAUGGCCAGCUUUUUGUCCCUCAGGCCAGUUCUGCCUCAGAGAAUUCACACGUACGAUGGCAUGAGCUAACUGCUAACGGCACCAGUGCUGGUUUGCCUUCCUCUCAAGCCUUGAAUACAGGUAAAGGCCACACCUCCACCAAACCAGGGACCCGCACUGGCAACACUUCAGUCUCAUCACGGCAACAUCCAGCAACCUUCUACAGACAGCCCUCCUUUACAUUUUCAUACUAUGGUCGAGUGGCAUUACAACGCUAUAGACUGAGACGCACAAGACUCACGGGCCCUCGGCCAAUCACCACCUCCCGUAGUCUGACUGAUCUGCGAGGCAUCCGGGGACCUGUGCACAGAAGAAAGAGGCAGCUGUCUGCAAGUAGCCUUUCAUCUGAAGGCUCCAGCAGUGUUGGGGAAAUGGAGAGGGGUACAACUGUGAAGCUUCUUUGGCUAUCCAUGUUCAAGAUGCCAAAGCAGCUCUGGAGACUGUGUGUUUGUCACCUCCUUACCUGGUUCUCCAUUAUAGCUGAAGCCGUGUUUUACACUGACUUCAUGGGUCAGGUCAUUUUUCGUGGGAAUCCUAAGGCACCAGGCAAUUCCACAGAGCUACAAGACUAUCACAGAGGAGUACAGAUGGGGUGCUGGGGGUUGGUGGUGUAUGCUGCAACUGCUGCUGUCUGCUCUGCUAUUCUUCAGAAGUCUUUGGAUAAAUUUGAUCUAAGUAUUAGGAUCAUCUAUGUUGUGGGAACUUUGGGAUUCUCAAUGGGAACUGCAAUUAUGGCAAUAUUCCCUAAUGUUUACAUUGCCAUGGUGAUGAUCAGUACCAUGGGAAUCAUCUCCAUGAGUAUCUCAUACUGUCCCUACGCUUUACUUGGACAGUACCAUGAAAUCAAAGAAUACAUUAACCAUAGUCCAGCCAACACUCGAAGAGGCUUUGGUAUAGACUGUGCUAUACUAACCUGCCAGGUUUACAUCAGUCAAAUUUUGGUUGCAUCAGCUCUUGGAUCUGUAGUUGAGGCUGUCGAUAGUGUACGUGUCAUUCCAGUUGUUGCCUCCGGCGGCUCCUUCCUUGGAUUCCUCACCGCUUGUUUCCUAGUAAUUUAUCCUGACACAGAGCCCAGUAGUUCUGUAGAUUAUUAGGACUCUGAUGCUCUACCUGGAGAGGAGGGUCAGAAUAGUAAAAGGACCAGUGUCUAGAGACUAGCUCUGCUCAACUUCACAGAUCAAACCAGAGAAGACGCUGUUGCCUAGGGGUAGAAAAGUACUGCCAUGAUGGAUUGACUCAACAACCAAAAACUGCAUCAUGUGUAAAUUAUACCAAACCUUGCUGGUGUGCAUAUGUGAUGGGCUGUACCAUGUGGAGCAGCAAAGAAACACAAAGAAGGAAAACAUAACUGAAAGAUGAUAUUCCAUCUAGUAAAAAUGUAGGAUUGGUAGAUUUGGAUUACUAAUGUAAUCUAAAUGUGAAGUGGAGGAAAUAAUAUAAAAACAAUACCUGCUUGUGCUGCUCUGUUUGUGGAGUUGUUACCUCAACCCUAAGAAAAAUAAUGUUUAGCCAGUAAGUCAGAACAACAAAGACCAAGCUGCUGGUCCAACUGUUGAAAUUUAUUUAGUACAGACUACUGGAAGCACAAAGCACUUUGAUUUUUUUAACAGUGCUGCCACUCGGAUGGUGCCAAAUAUCACCAAUAUGUCACAUUUUACUCUGCUGCUGCUUCAAAACUGCCAAAUGGACAAUCAUAAUGCUGUAGAAGGGAUACUUGGUGCAACCCUGCAUAUUUUCAGAUUAAAUACAGAUGUAUAUAUUUAUUCCACUUUUUGGUGGACUUCAUGGACAUUUCACUGCCAUUUUACAAAAGCCAAAAAAUGUCAAAAGGUACAAACCUUUUGAGUUUAUUCUAGUUGCAUAGGUGUUAUACAAUCAAACAUAGGAUUUUUCUUUACUUACACUAUAGUUAAUAAAUGUGUCCAUAAUGGUUCAUUUAAGCAACAUAUUUGAGCCUCCAGAGAGUUAUUUCCAUUUUUUAAAUCAAAUUUGUGAUGAUUAAAAGUAUAUCUCUCAGGGUGUUUUGUAAAAUAAAAUUGUGAUUGCUGGGCUAUUUUGAACAGUUUGUGUAGAAAAGCAAAUUUUUGAAUGUCUAUUUCAAAUCUGUAAACCAUAUUCUUGAAGAUGAGCAGAAAGGAAGUGGUUAAUUGGAGCUGAGUAGGAUUUAUUGUAGUUGUAUCUUUGUGCAUUUCCUUGAAAGCAAACUGACCUUUACCCUGUUGUGCAUGCUUAUGAGAUCAGCUGAUCACUGUAAAUUGGUCCUCUGUUAGAGAGCUACACCAGGGAAUACAUUGCUCCAAAAUAAUGAGCAAGAAAGUUAAAAAAAGAAAUGCAUGAUUAUACAGAAAGCAUGUUUGGUAUUUGGCUCUUAUUAAACUAUUUUAAGUUUCCAAAGUGCAUUUAAUAGUUGCAGAACAUCAUUAAAUGUGUGAAUUCAGAAAGUAGGUUUUUAUAGUCUGAUGUAGUGUUUGUGUCAUUUAUACUGUAACAUCACACGGUGCAUUAUUCCCAAGCAUCUGUGCUGAAUGAAAGUGAGGAUCACUUUGCAUGGCUCAUCUGCAAAAUUAAAAGUAUUAUGAUUGCUCAGCUCAGGAGAAACAUCAGACCUGAUUUCCUGUCUUAUGACAUUAAAGGUUUUUCUGUUUUUCUGUUAUCUUCUGUUGAUUAAUAGUAAUGAACAAUUCAAAAACA